AUGGUCAAGAGUCCGAUCCCGAUAACAGGGAGUUACCAACAACACGCGAACCACUGGCCAUGUCGGAGGAGAGUCUCGAGGGCCGCUACAGCACUUGGCGUGGCAGAAGUGGACAUUGAGGCUGGACAAUUCGACUUCUACGAAGAGCCGGAACAGUUUGGACAAGAAUUGACAAACCUACGAAGUUUCCUGGUGCUGACGGCUCCCACAGCCGGCCAAUAG